AGGUUAUCCAUACUAGUUACAACUUACAAGACUCAACCGCCUACAUCAGCAAGGAACAGUUACCGGUGGUGUAAUAUGAUAUCCUCCUCCGUCUCCGUUCGUCAACCGCCGUCAUCGUCUUCUUUUCUCGGCGCUGCCCUCUUUCCCCAUGAAUUACACACCUCCACCUCUCACUGUCCUUUUCCUCUCAAUCAUAGAUGGAAUCCGCAUGGAAGCUUUCACAAUCAUUCUAGAUACCCUACAUUGAAGUGCAGAGCUACGAAACCUAAAGACUCAUCUUCUCCAACCCUCGAGAGUCUAGUUAGAGAACCUCACAAGUAUUUUGAUGAGGUUAUCAUAACCAUUCGUGCUGGAGAUGGAGGUCAUGGCGCUACUCUUUCUAUGCCUAACUCAAAACCCUCUUCUAAAUCACUCACCAAACAAGAGAAAGAGAAAGUAAGAAUAAGAGGUUCUUACAAGAGAGACUUUGAUGGAUCACUUAUCUUACCAAUGGGUGGUCAUGGUGGCGAUGUUGUAAUUUAUGCAGAUGAAGGCAAAGAUUCAUUAUUAGAGUUCCAUAAAAAGGGUAGAUAUAACGCAAAACGUGGGGGGAAUGUUGAUACAAUGGGUGGCUUGACUUCUCUAGUGAGAAAUGGCUUAUCUGCCCCUACAUUACGCAUUCCAGUACCUUUAGGCACUGUUGUAAAACAUAAACGAGGUAAGUUUCUAGCUGAUUUAGCUUCACAUGGUGAUGAAAUUCUUGUUGCUAGGGGUGGUCAAGGAGGGAUCAGUCUGUUAGAGAUGCCAGAGCAUAAAAAGAAGAAGAUAAUGAAUCUGACAACAAAUGUUAUGAGAGAUGAAAGUGAUAAGGUGUUAAUUCUUGGGCAACCUGGGGAGGAGGUGAGUUUGCAGUUAAUACUAAGAGUUGUUGCAGAUGUUGGUCUUGUAGGACUUCCUAAUGCUGGAAAAUCUACCCUUCUAUCAGCUAUUACACUUGCAAGACCUGAUAUUGCAGAUUACCCUUUUACAACUUUAAUGCCAAAUCUUGGACGCCUUGAGGGUGAUCCUAGUUUAGGGGCAGGAAAAUUUUCUUCUGAAGCAACAUUAGCAGACCUCCCUGGUCUUAUUGAAGGGGCACAUUUGGGAAAAGGACUUGGUCGCAAUUUCUUGAGACAUUUGAGGAGAACUAGAAUGUUGGUCCAUGUUGUUGAUGCAGCUGCUCAAGAUCCUGUCUAUGACUACAAAACUGUAAAAGAAGAGUUAAGGAUGUACAAUCCUGAAUAUCUUGAAAGGCCAUAUAUUGUGGUUUUGAAUAAGAUUGAUAUACCUGAGGCAAUGGAAAGGCUUCCUGUUUUGGUUGAAGAAAUAAAGAAAAUUGGAAGUGAAGAUUUACUUUUAUCUGAUGAAAAGGAUGUUAUUUCUAAUGAGGAUAAAAAAAUAAAAGAAAUUGAGGAAUAUCCACUACCUGUUGCUGUUGUAGGUGUCAGUGUUCUGAAAGGUAUGAAUAUCAGUGAAUUGCUGAGGGAAAUUAGGUCUGCAUUAAGAAAAUGUCGGGAAUCUGAAGAAACAAUUUACCUUUCUUGAAUGUAGUGAAAAAACAAUUGAUAAUUUUGGUAUAUCUUGUAUGAUUUAAAUCGUAGUUAGUGCAAAUAUUAUCGAUUGAACUUACUAGAGAAUGUUGUUUUAGUUAGACUUGUACAAAGAUUCCAAUGUAUGUCAAACACAGUACAAUCUGUUCAUGUUGUGUCAUGUUAUGAUACAGUCAGACUUGUACAAAUAUUUGAUGUGGGAUAAACGCAGUACAAUUUCUUCUGA